AUCAUGGGCACCGGGCGGCUCGUGAUUGACCGGUUUCUCUCCCGUACUGUCAACCAGCAGCGCGCCGGCGCCUCCCCUUCCCAUAUAAGUGAACGGAAUCUAUUCAUUCUUCACGCUGUGCUUGGUGAAGUAGAACCGACUGGUCCACGGGAUGUUGACAGAAUAAAAUCUACUACUUUUGAAGUAUUUUCGUCGACCGUUUUCUUUUGGUAGUUUGGCUUUUACGUCGCUCAUAGCCAUCUUUAUCGCCGACACAUAAUCUCCGGUAUUUGGUACCAAGUGAUUGUUUUCUCUCUACCCCGCCGUACCGGGUGCGUUAUUACCGAAAUGAAGGCUACUACUUCCGUCCGCUUCCAGAAGGAUACCUCAAGCAGCGGCGGCGACGAGCUUUCGUUACACUACCUCUCGGAUCACAGCCUGAACAUCGCCCGGUCUCGGUUGCAGGAAGAAGAGCAGCUGUGUCCGCAGGACGAUAUGAACCACUGUUACAGUCGCCUGAAGCGCCUCGUACCCACCAUACCGCGGCAUAAGAAAGUCAGCAAAGUGGAGAUCCUUCAGCACGUCAUAGAUUACAUCCUGGACCUGCAGCUAGCGCUAGAGACGCACCCUUCUCUCCUGAAACAACAGACCGGGACAUGCCCGCCGCACCCCGCCUCUAACCGGACACCACUAACGGUUCUCAACACAGACCACCAGAGGAUGUCAACAGGCCAAUAGGAGGACUCCGUUUUGUGUCGCUGAGAAAUGGUGUGCAGAGCGGUUUCGGUGCACAGAGCAGAGCUGAGAGCAGAGAGCAGGGGAGAGCUGCUCCAGUCCACACCCAGCUCAGCCUCAGCCUCCAGCCAGGGAAUCUCAGCCAGCAACACGAAGCUUUAUCACACAGGGGGGGACCCCCCCCCCUCCUCCGCUGAAGAACCUGCUACGGGCAAAUAAAACCCUAUUUAUAACACGUUUAUUAAAAACAAACUAAAGCUGUGUUCAACUGGCCCAUAACUUAACUUUUUAUGUCAAAUACUAUUACAAUCUAAACGGGUGGAAGAAGAAUCCCUUGUUGUGAGGUCUUGCUAGAAACUAGAGCUCGUUGAACAACAAAUACUAGUUUAUAAAAUUAAAAUAACUAAAACCAAAAGUGUGGAACUUUUACUAAAUUGGAAAAUAAUUGUACAUGUUUGGACAUCUAUUGUUUAGAAUAGAUGAUUUUUGUGUUGAACAAGGUUUUUCCCCCCCCUGAGAUAAACAUGUUUCAUAUUGUAAAGAGGAACAAAUGACUGGAGACAUUUCAGAUUGUAGAAACAGAUGCUCAAAGGUGGAAGAAAAUGUCUGUUACGCUCAAAUAGACUAUUGUAAUUAUAAGAUAUUUUUAUUAAAACCUUUUGACGUGUAAAUAAUGUGUUUUUGGACUUUGAAGUGGAUUAAAUAUUAAUACUUCAAGAUGUUACGUUAAUAAACUCUCCACAGCA